AUGGCGUUUAGGAUGCUUGUUUCAAUGCAAUCCGUGCUUCCCUCUGGCGGAAAAGGUAAUCGCUAUCCUUUUAACUACAAAUGUACGCCGUUUAUAGAUUCUGUUAAAAUUUUCUCCGAGUCUAAGGAAUUAUUGGAAGCAGGGAUCAACGCUUCUUGUACCAAAGUUAAAAGCCUCAGAAAGCCGGUCGUCGAUCUGGUAUCAAGGAGCAAAGCCAUUCUAAAACUAUAUGGCUUCUAUUUCACCCAAUGGGAACUCGCUAGUUUGGCAACCAUAGGCCUGAGUUGA